AUGCGGUUUAUGUUGCUCAUGUGUGUUUUUUGUCAUAUUGAAUGUAUUAAGAAACCUCCGAUGAAUACAAACAUUGAAGACGUAUUUUCAGAAGAUUGCGGAUUUUUGAACACUGGAAAUAAAAUCACUGGCGGCAACGAAGCUGAUUUAGGUCAACUACCAUGGAUGGCACUUUUAGGAUAUAAACAAAAGGACAUAAAUAUAACAGAAUUUCUUUGUGGUGGUACCCUUAUUACGAAACGGAAUGUAUUAACCGCAGCUCAUUGUUUUCUAGGUUCCCAAAACUACCAUAAGCCAUUGGGAGAACACAAUUUAAAUACCGAUAUAGACUGUAUAAUAAUAGCAAAAACCAAAAUAUGUGCUGAUCGCCACAUAGACGUACCAAUAGCUGCUUAUUUUACUCACCCUGAGUAUGAUUCAAACACGUUAAUAAAUGAUAUCGGCUUAGUCAAAAUGCAGUACUCAGUCGAAUUUACUGAAUACAUUCACCCGAUUUGCCUCCCGCUGCAAAGUGACUUAAAACGAUUGUAUGAACCUGGACAACAAUUUUUCGUAUCGGGCUGGGGUAAGAUAAGUUCGAGGAAAUUAGGUGGUUCAAUGACGCUUCAAAUAGCGGGUAUUUUUCUGUGGAACCAAACGAAAUGCCACGAAAUUAUUCCAAAGUAUAGUGGCAAAUUCUUAGAAAGUCAACUAUGUGCAAAUGGUGAAAACCAAGAUGCAUGCAAAGGCGACAGUGGAGGACCCAUGUUUGCUAUCACUACUGAUUCAGCGUUGGAACUAAAAUAUUUUCAGAUAGGAAUCGUAUCAUUUGCACCAUCGUUAAGUUGCGGUACAGCAGAUCUACCUUCUAUCUAUACAAGGGUGGACAGUUUUCUGAAAUGGAUUCUGGAGAUUGUUAGCUCCAAUUGAAUUGGUCAA